AUGUCCCUGCAGGGUGAUUUUGACAGGGCCGCAGAAGAUGUGAGGAAGCUGAAAGCAAGGCCAGAUGAUGAAGAGCUGAAGGAAAUCUACGGGCUUUACAAACAAGCUAUCGUUGGAGACAUUGACAUUGAGUGUCCAGGAAUGUUGGAUCCGAAAGGCAAGGCCAAGUGGGAUGCGUGGAACCGCCAGAAAGGGUUGUCGAAGGAAGAUGCGAUGAGUGCCUAUAUUUCUAAAGCGAAAGAGCUGAUAGAAAAAUAUGGAAUUUAGAAGACAGCACAUGAGACGUUUUUCUUCUUGAAGCCUUCGUAAUGGUAUCAUGACAACAUUUGGGGGGAGAAUGCCCUGUGAACUCAAUGUUCAUGUAUAUUUUUGCUAUUAGCAUGAAUACAUAAUUAGGAGCACGCUGAAACUGCCUACUUAAGUGAAUUUUACUUGCUUAAGAAAGUUGA